CAGGAUCAUCCUCUGUGAUCCUCUGCUUCAAUGGCGUCGCUAGCUAUGCUCUCUGCUUCUUCCUGAUCGAAACCAUCAUCCUCAAUUUCCAAUCACAGUUCAUCUCCAUUCUCACUACCAAAAUGCUGCGAUUUCACUCUCUCAGAUUCUCCUCUUCUCUCUUCGCUCCACCUUUACCUCUCUCCCCAGUUUCCAUUUCCAUCACCAAACCCACCAGGCUCACACCACGAAUGGCUUCUUACUCCACUUCCUCUUCUUCUUCCAAGCUCUUGUUCCGUCAGCUUUUCGAGAAGGAAUCAUCCACUUACACCUACCUACUCGCUGAUGCUUCUCACCCUGAAAAACCAGCACUUUUGAUUGACCCGGUAGAUAAGACAGUGGAUAGAGACUUGUCCCUCAUUCAACAACUGGGGUUGAAGCUUGUGUAUGCCAUGAACACACAUGUACAUGCUGAUCAUGUCACUGGGACUGGCCUAAUCAAGAGCAAAGUUCCUGUUGUAAAAUCUGUUAUUUCAAAAGCAAGUGGUGCGACCGCAGAUCUUCAUGUGGAGCAAGGCGAUAAAGUCCAUUUUGGUGAUCUUUUUCUAGAGAUUCGUGCAACUCCUGGUCAUACUGCGGGUUGCAUUACCUAUGUUACAGGCGAUACACCUGAUCAACCUCAACCUAGGAUGGCAUUCACGGGGGAUGCCCUAUUAAUACGUGGAUGUGGAAGGACAGACUUCCAGGGUGGGAGUUCAGAACAGCUUUACAAAUCAGUCCAUUCACAGAUUUUUACACUGCCCAAGGAUACAUUACUCUAUCCGGCUCAUGACUACAAAGGAUUCACAGUUAGCACUGUUGGAGAGGAGCUGCAAUAUAAUCCACGACUGACAAAGGAUGAGGAAACUUUCAAGAACAUCAUGGCAAAUCUUAGCCUGUCAUAUCCAAAAAUGAUCGACAUAGCUGUCCCGGCCAAUAUGGUUUGCGGAAUCCAAUCCAAAACAAGCUGAGCCUUUAUAAGCCAUGCUGACACUACAGUCUCACAGUGAUGUUAUUCAACAAGAAAACCUUGCAAGUUAAGGAAAAAAGAACACUAUAAUUGCCCUUUGUGUUGAAGAGGAAAAUCAAAAUUGUAUACAUUACAUUGAUGAUUGUGCAAUUUAAUUGGUCUUCGUAUUGAAGAGAAAAAAAAUCGUAAACAAAUAAUAAAUUGAUGAUUGUGAAUAGAUGAUUGCUAAUACAAUUAGACUCCA